CAAACGAAAACCCAUUCCACGAUGUCAGACCCAGGAACAUGUUUGGCCAUUGUGAGCCUCGCGUUGCAGGUGUCGAAGGGUCUGCUCGGCUACUAUGACCUCUGGACACAUGCCGACGAAGAUAUCGCCGAGAUCCAGCGAUCCCUGCUCGCCCUGGCAAACAUAUUUAUACACCUUGAAAUCACCCUCAGAAAGCCCAGCCUUUCGGGCGACAUCGUAUCGGUAAUUCAGCUCACCAUGAAGGGAUGCAAGGCCAACAUGAAGAAGCUGGAGGACAUUUUGGACAAGGUGAAGAGGGAGGCCCCCCCGGAGAAGCUUCGAACGAGGUUUAAAAACCUCAAUCGACGGAUCCUUCAAAUAUUCCAUCACGGGGAGAUCGUGCGGGUGCAGUCGCUUCUUAAUGAAUUGCGCGAAGAUUUGAACGCGGUCGUGGACCUCCUAAAUUUACAAACCACGGCAACCAGUCUGGAUGAUUUAAGAAAGCUACAUGCAGAGCUGACUGUCAUCAAGAACUCGAACAAGGAGCACAUGAAAAUGGAGAAAGAAAAGGCCAAAGAGGCCCGAAGAUGUGCCCUGAUCGAGUGGUUGGCUGCUCCUGACGUCUCUGCUGCUCUCUUGUCUGCACAGAAUCAGCGGGAAGAAGGAACCGGCACAUGGUUUCUGGAAAGCAAGGAAUUCCUCGAAUGGAUCAACGCUGGACAAAGCAUGUGGCUUGCUGGCGACGUUGGGUGCGGGAAGACGGUUCUCUGCUCUUCUGUCAUCGAAGAUUUGAAAGGCAGGGCUCCCGAGCGUGGGGAUCGAAUCACCUACUUUUACUUCACCUUCAACGAUAUCGGUUGCCAUAGUGUUACCGGUUUUCUUAGGUCGAUGCUUCGGCAGCUUUGCUUGAUAGACCCCAUUGAUCCCUUGAUUGAGACAUUGUAUCAGAGAUGCGGUCCGGAUCCUCCAUCCACCAAGCAAAUGCAAGCCACCUUGCUCGCUCACCUGGCAAGAGCCUGUGUCUUGGAGGACAAUGCCGACGUGGCCCAGUCCCCCCGAGUUUACAUGAUUCUAGAUGGCGUUGACGAAAUUCCAUAUGGACCAGAUCGAAUCGCGCUGCUACUCCUACUUCAUCAGAUGGCCGAGAAGGUUUAUCCUCUGUUACACAUCCUCGUUUCCAGUCGUCCAGAAUGGGACAUUGAAAGGGAGAUAAGUAGACGUCAACACCGGAGGAAAUUUACCUACUCGUCUGGUGGUGCGAGAGAUGACCUCGGAAUCUACGUUGCCAAUCAGAUCAAGUUGACUCCAAAGCUGGCCUCGCUGCCUGACCACACCAAGGAGGACAUCCAACAGAAGCUAGUCGCAGGGUCUGGUGGGAUGUUCCACUGGACUUCGCUGCAGAUACAAGAGCUGAAGAAGAAACGCAUCCUACGUGAUCGUGACGUCCAAAGAAUUUUAUCAUCACUCCCACAGAGCCUCGAUGCCACUUAUGAGCGCGCCCUACUUCAGAUUGACUCCGACCUUCUCUAUGAGGCUAAGACUGCGCUUCAGUGGUUAUCUUGCUGUAUCCGUCCUCUUUAUCUCAAAGAGUUGGUUGAUGCAUCAAUCAUCAAUCCUGAUGAGGAGGUCCCCUUCAGUGAGGAUUCUCGUAUCAGCCCGUUUGACCUUGUAGACCUGCUUCCUGGUCUAAUCAAGGUUAAUCCACCACCAGACUCGAGCGAGGCGAUGUUCCUGCCAAAGCAUUACACGGUCACGCUUGCGCACUUCUCUGUCAAGGAGUAUCUAGUUAGCUCUAGGAUUCUAGACUCCCUCUCUCUCCACUAUGCUAUCAAUAUUGAACUCGCUCACCGUCACGUGGUGAGAAGUUCAUUGGCAUACAUUGGGCAUUGCCUUUCGGCCGGCUCUUCUUACUCUCACGACCAGAACCACGUCGAUGACUUUCCGCUGCAGCUGUAUGCAUAUAGCCGUUGGGAAAUGCACGCACGGCGACUAUCCGAGGAUCUGGACCAAGUCUGGGCAUGCGUAUUGGAAACGUUCAAGCAACCACCUGCAGCACUCAUGUGGAGAGCGUCUACCUAUCUCUCGCGGAAGCUAAGGGAAGAAAGCGCGGUCUACCACCUCGAUAUUCCAUUUGAAGCAUUCUCAUCACCAGACUGGCCGACACAUUAUCUGCUCUGUCGAGCCGUCGUUUCAGGUAAUGAGUCUUUGGUUCACGCUAUUCUUGAUAGUGGGUUGCAUCUGGCCGACAUGACUCAUCUUGGGAACGCCUUUCGCCUUGCACUUCUUUACAGCGCCGGGUCCCGUGCCAGAGAUAUGUCCCGGAGCCAAAACGACUCAUUCGCUGCCAGGCCCCUAUCAAGUUCGGGUGGCGACUCUAUACCUCGCAUGCUAAUGGAGUUUGGCUACCAACCCAAUGGAUCCGACUUGCUUCUGGCAGCACGUCAUGGAUCUAUUCCCCUACUAUCGCUUAUGAUUGAAAAAUCUGAGGGCAUCCUCUUCUCAGACAUCAUGAACGGUCUCGACCAAGCCGUGACCUUGGGAAGGUUUCAGAUUGCGGAUAUUUUACUGCAGCAACUUCUACUAGGGACGCCUUCCCACCUCGACAAGACAUUCUGCACUGAGAGUGAAGCAAAGAAGGCUGCAUUUGAGUUCAUCUUGUUGAGUGCAAUUAAGAGACACUCGUCGAAUCUGGUCGCGUUUCUGAUGGGUACCCUACUGGACGGCCUAGUUAACCAACUUGACCUUCGCUCGUUGUUCCCAAGGGCGAUAGUGGAUAUUUGUCAUUUUGAUGCCCUUGAUCUUCAACUUGAAUACACUCAAAUCUCCAAGACCAGGGAAUCUGCGGAACGCUGGGAAAUGGCGAUUGCGAGCGAUGCGUUAUCUUUUAUGCGGCUCAGGGGCCUCAAUCGUCCUUAUCUCCUUAGUUCCAAGGGGGAGGCCUUCGAGCGUGUCCUCCAUGUUUGGCUGGAACUAGGGGACAGCUUCAAGCCACAGAACAGGUUUAUCGAGACGCGUGUUCUAUUGAAUGUAGAAAUCUCCGAUUUCGCAUCCAGUUCAGCAGCGGCGAAGCCGGUUGUGUCCCCAUUCUUGGACAACCGGUUUUAUACUUCAAUCAGAAUGAAAGAAUUUGAGUCACUUGUUCGUCCAAUACCGGACAUGAUUGAUAGGCGCGACUCUUAUGCUCUUGUUGAAUGGGUGGUUUCUCAAUGUCGAGAAAUAGCGGAAGGUCUCAUGCGUUUACACAAUGGGCACCUCCGUGAAGGCGUGGUGUGA